AUGUCGUCGCUCAGCAGAGAACUCGUCUUCCUGAUACUCCAGUUUCUCGACGAAGAGAAAUUCAAAGAGACUGUACACAGGCUUGAGAAGGAGUCUGGGUUUUUCUUCAACAUGAGGUACUUUGAAGACAGCGUAACAGCUGGUGAAUGGGACGAUGUAGAGAAGUACCUCUCUGGAUUCACUAAAGUAGAUGAUAAUAGAUACUCAAUGAAGAUAUUUUUCGAGAUUCGUAAGCAGAAGUACCUUGAAGCACUCGACAAGAAAGAUCAUGCCAAGGCAGUUGAAAUUCUUGUGAAGGAGCUAAAAGUGUUCUCGACAUUCAACGAAGAGCUUUUUAAGGAGAUUACAAUGCUUCUAACCUUAACAAACUUCAGGGAAAAUGAGCAGCUUUCCAAGUAUGGAGACACGAAGUCUGCAAGAGGUAUUAUGCUUGGGGAAUUAAAAAAACUGAUUGAGGCAAAUCCUCUCUUCCGAGACAAACUUCAGUUUCCCACUUUGAAGAACUCAAGAUUGAGAACCUUGAUAAAUCAAAGUUUGAACUGGCAGCAUCAGCUUUGCAAGAAUCCAAGGCCUAACCCUGAUAUAAAAACACUCUUUGUUGACCAUAGUUGUGGGCAUCCAAAUGGUGCACAUGUUUCUUCCCCUGCAACUAAUCAUUUAAUGGGUCCAGUCCCUAAAGUUGGAGGCUUCCCACCGUUAGGUGCUCACGGUCCCUUUCAGCCAACACCAGCUCCUCUUACAACGUCUCUUGCAGGAUGGAUGCCUAAUCCAUCUGUAUCACACCCAACUGUUUCUGCUGGGCCUAUCGGCCUAGGUGCCCCCAACAGUGCUGUGUCUAUGCUAAAGCGUCCCAGGACUCCUCCAACCAAUAGCCUAGCAAUGGAUUAUCAGACAGCAGAUUCUGAAAGUGUAUUGAAGAGACCCAGACCUUUUGGUAUAUCAGACGGGAUUAAUAAUCUUCCAGUCAAUGUCUUGCCAGUCACAUAUCCAGGGCAAAGCCACGCUCAUGCAAAUUAUUCUACUGAUGACUUACCCAAAAAUGUUAGCAGGGUUUUGAGUCAGGGUUCUGCCAUUAAGAGCAUGGAUUUUCACCCAGUACAACAAACUAUGCUUCUUGUUGGCACCAAUCUUGGUGAUAUUGCAAUAUGGGAGGUGGGUAGCAAGGAUAAGCUUGUUUCUAGAAGCUUUAAAGUUUGGGAUCUUUCUUCUUGCACUGUGAAUCUUCAGGCUUCACUUGCUAGCGAGUAUACUGCAGCGGUAAAUCGAGUUGUUUGGAGUCCUGAUGGAGGUCUUCUGGGUGUCGCAUAUUCCAAGCAUAUUGUGCACAUCUAUUCGUAUCAUGGUGGCGAUGAUUUACGGAAUCAUCUAGAGAUUGAUGCUCAUGCUGGUAAUGUCAACGAUCUUGCUUUCUCCCAACCAAACCAGCAAUUGUGUGUUGUGACUUGUGGAGAAGACAAGACAAUCAAGGUCUGGGAUGCUGUUACUGGAAAUAAAUUGCACACAUUUGAAGGCCAUGAAGCACCUGUUUAUUCCGUGUGCCCACACCAGAAAGAGAAUAUUCAGUUCAUAUUCUCAACUGCUGUUGAUGGGAAAAUAAAGGCUUGGUUAUAUGACAACAUGGGUUCUAGAGUGGAUUAUGAUGCCCCCGGUCGAUCUUGCACGGCAAUGGCAUAUUGUGCUGACGGGACUAGAUUAUUCUCUUGUGGUACUAGUAAGGAGGGGGAAUCAUUCAUUGUUGAAUGGAAUGAAAGUGAGGGAGCUGUGAAGCGGACUUACCUUGGACUGGGGAAACGGUCUGUGGGGGUUGUUCAAUUCGAUACCAUGAAGAAUAAAUUUUUGGUAGCUGGUGAUGAGUUCCAUGUCAAAUUUUGGGAUAUGGAUAGUGUUGAUCUCUUGACUACAACGAAUGCAGACGGGGGAUUGCCGUCUUCCCCGUGCUUAAGGAUCAAUAAAGAAGGAACUCUACUGGCUGUCUCAACUACUGAGAAUGGAAUUAAGAUAUUAUCUAAUGCUGAAGGUUCCAGGAUUUUGCUCUCCAUGGCAAACCGUGGCCUUGAAAGCUCUAGAGCUCCUCAUGGGUCAGUUGCAAAGAAUGGAGAUAAUCGCAGUCUGCCAGAUAUCAAACCACGAAUCCCUGACGAGGCAGAGAAAUCAAAGAUUUGGAAGCUGACAGAGAUCAGCGAACAUUCCCAGCUUCGCACUCUGCGGCUUCCUGACACCCUGCUACCAGUUGUUAAGCUAAUAUAUACAAAUUCUGGAGGUGCUAUAUUGGCAUUAGCAGAAAAUGCUCUACAUAAACUAUGGAAAUGGCAAAAGAGCGAACGGAAUCAUUUGGGAAAGGCAAACAGCAGUGUCCCACCACAGCUUUGGCAGCCAUCUAGUGGAGUAAUAAUGACAAAUGACACGCGCGAGGGAAACAAAGAAGAUGUAGUUCCAUGCUUUGCGCUCUCAAAGAAUGACUCUUAUGUCAUGUCAGCCUCGGGAGGAAAAAUUUCCUUGUUCAACAUGAUGACUUUUAAGACGAUGACGACUUUCAUGGCUCCUCCUCCAGCAGCGACUUCCCUCGCCUUCCAUCCUCAAGACAAUAACAUUAUUGCUAUUGGCAUGGAUGACUCGUCUAUUCAAAUCUACAAUGUCAGAGUGGAUGAGGUUAAAAGUAAAUUGAAAGGUCAUCAGAAGAGAGUGACUGGUUUAGCAUUCUCAAACGUUCUAAAUGUGCUUGUUUCGUCUGGUGCUGAUUCCCAGCUUUGUGUAUGGAGCAUGGAUGGAUGGGAAAAGCAAGCUAGCAAACAGAUACAAAUUCCUAGUGGGCAUUCGCCAAACCCACUUGCUCACACACGCGUCCAGUUCCAUCAAGACCAGACACAUGUUCUUGUUGUCCAUGCCAGCCAGUUAGCCAUAUACGAGGCUCCUAAAUUAGAGAGCAUGAAGCAGUGGAUACCAAAGGAGUCAAGUGGUUCAGUGACAGAUGCUGUAUACUCAUGUGAUAGCCAGUCAAUCUACGCAGCCUUUGAUGAUGGAAGUGUAAGUAUCUUGACGGCAACGACAUUGCAACUCAAGUGCCGCAUUGGUCCCAGUUCGUAUUUGCCUUCAAACCCGAGCUCGAGAGUAUAUCCAGCCACCAUCGCAGCCCAUCCCUCUGAACCAAACCAAUUUGCAGUUGGACUUACCGAUGGUGGGGUUCACGUGAUCGAACCACCAGGACCAGAAGGGAAGUGGGGAAUGUCUCCACCGCCAGAAAACGGUGCAGGGCCAAGCGUCUCGUCAGCACCUGGAUCAGAUCAAGCGCGGUAA